AUGGAAAAAUACGAUUAUCGACUGGAACGGGUCUCCUUGAGAUUUCUCCGUAUGACGUCUCAGUCUUUUUCCUAUUGGAUUUCACUGCAACGAUUGGUCGACAGUGAGCUCAUCCACGCGCUGAUUGGUCAAAACUCGCAUACACGGAGAAGGUUCGGAAAAGUGCGCCAGUGCAGACGUUGUAGUGAGUUGCUCGUGAACGAAUCUCACCGGAACACGUAUUACCGAGACUGUAUCCGACGAACAAGUUCCGUAAAAACGGUAUAUAAAAGAGUUCUCGCGCUCCAAGUGGAAGGUACAACAAUACCAGUCGUGUCAAGGAGGGUAUUCAAAAUCCCUCCCGUUUACGAACGCCCAACGGCCAGCAACAUUUCAUUUGAGAAAGGAGGCGUGUUUAACGUAUCAAAGCCAUGCAACCGUCAGCCGCGUCUGUCAUCUGCUUCUCGUGGCGUGAGAUUGUGGCCACUCGAGGAAGAGUCUUCAAAAAUGGACACAGUUCCUUUGCUAUCCCCAACCAUGGAGUCAGAAUUACUAAAAGGGCCAUGGGUAUUUCCACAGCCAAAAACGAAUAUAACAAAAGAAGAGGAGAAAGCAACAUCCUCCACAUGGGAGGAAAAUUUUCAGGAUUUAAGUGGUUGGUGCAUGGACACGUUCCAGGGUCAAUGCGAUUUUCAUGCAGGUGAAUCACCUACUUUUAAACUAUCAGGUACGAAAUACGAGGGUAACAGUGUUUUGUCGUCAGAAGAGAGGGUAUUGAAAGAUUUGAUGAGUGUAGCAGACGAAGAAAAGUGGAAUGUGAAAAUGAACACUGCUGAGACAAACGAGCCUUUGAGUAACAAUUGCCAAAGCUUGCAAUUAACAUCAGAUGUAACUAGUAAAUACGAGAAAGAAGAUAGUACUGCAGUAUCUAACACACCUAACUUGUGGUUAAAGCUAUCAAAAGGGUCAGCAGCUACAAUAAAUAGAAGCUCAUGGAGCAAACAGAAUAAUACAGAUGUUAGUACACCAUCUCAAUCCAGAUAUCCGAUAGAAGAUAUUGAUUUGAACAAUGCUGGUCCGACUUCUUUCGAUUCCAUCGAGAAUCAACGUGAAACGUGGGACGUGCUAAAAACUGUCGAAACCACUGGGUCGGAUACGUUUGAUUUAUUAUCGUACCUCUGCGAUGAUGAAAUGCGAUCUCCAGAAGGCAGUGUUUCAACAGAUUCAUCAGUAGCAUCAAAACCAUGGUCAACCACCAGCUCGUCUGUAACGACUCCACAGACUAGUAUAAAAGUCAAAACUGAGAAGAACGAAACGGUCCCACCGAGCACAGAAAGUCGAGCAGCAUCGACGAUAACAUCGUCGUCUUCUAUGGAAACAUCUUCUACAGUCACAUCCCGGAGAACAGAAAGGGUGACGAGGUCAACGGUUACUAACAAAGUGGAAAAAACUUACAGCAGAGCGCGACGCGAGAAAGCAAGUCGAAAACGUUACGUCGAGACGAGUGACACAGACGAUCAAACGUUCGUGUCGCACUAUCGAGAAUCCAGGGAAAAGAACAACGAAGCUUCAAGAAAGUCACGCAUGAACAAAAAAGCGAAAGAGAUUGAGAUGUCGAACAAAGCAACUGAAUUGGAACGAGUCAACAGGAUGUUGAAGAUGAAGGUCGAAGAACUUGAGAAGCUCGUAACAACAAUGCGCAGUGCGUUAUUGAGGUCCGCUUUAAAGAAAGAAAUGUAACAGCGUUUUUAUUGUACUUGUUUUGAAAGUUUAAUUAUGCGCCGGGAUGUCGUGUAAAAGACAGACUUUGUUGUACUUUUCCUUUUUUUUCACAUUUUUUUUCUUUUUUUUUUUUUUUUUUUUUUAAGUGUUCUGUAUAUGUUUUGUAUACGAGAGGAGAAGUGAUGCAUUAUUUGC